AGCUCUAGUUGCUCCACUAUGAAAAAUGGGUCCAUCAGCGUGCACUGGAUGUAACCUUACGGACUACUAAAAACCAGCCACCCUUUAGUGAACGGCUUUUGCAUUGCAAGUGAUUAUCCCACCCUCCCACUCCGCCAGUUAUGGAUUGUCCUGCUAGAAGAUUCCCUCUGCGUCGACCAGCCAAUCAUGUUCCCCCUAUACCGCGAUGGUAUACACACUUUGCAAACGGCCUAGACAGAGUUUUCACUGCUUACAUUGGGAUUCAACAACAUAAUGGGCUCGACACGGGGCGAACUCAGUGUCUUGCAGCGAUCGAGCUCUGGCUUGCUGAAAACCAGAACAACGCACCGGCUGCGAUGGAGCGAUUCCAGGUCAUCGACGGAGAUGACGCUCCGGAGUCACUCAUUUUUGUAUGCUACUGGGACAACGAAUCAAAGUACGAGGAGAGUAUCAGAGCAUUGAAUCUCACUCAGCUAUACCAAGAGCUUGAGAAAUCGGUCCAACCGACGGUGGGUCUCUGGUGUGAGAGGUUUGUCAGCCACGUCUCUCGUUUGGAGACAAACUAUUCGGGAACAGACUAUCUGCCUGGCCUGGCUCGACUACCGGGCACAAAGACCGUAGAGCAUUCAUACUCGGCAUACUGGGGCGCUGCUCGGGAUCGAAUCCCUGAUUCGGCAUUUGAUAUCUUUGAGCAAGAUGACAAUCCCACGGCAGCAGCUGUUUCUCAUAAUAUGCCAACCUCCUUAGGCAGGCACCUCACGGGUACCAACUUCCAGAACAUGGUGCAUAUACGGACUGGUCAAUUCUGGAACAACUGCGACGAGGAUGAGAGGCGUUCCUACGAAGACAAACUGGAACCGACACUCCGGGAAGGCCUACUAUACUUAUGGCAGAAUCCCGACGAGACGGGCUCAAUGGGACUGAGAUACCUAACUAACAUUCCUACUUCUUCGCCCCAGUGGUCGGGACAAUCAAACGAAUCCUGCGUGACUGGAUUCUUCAGAAGCCUUGCUGAUCUGGAAACCUGGGCCAAGAAACACCCAUCGCAUCUGGCUAUAUACACUGGUGCUAUUCGACAUGCGAAGACCUUUGGGGAUAGACGGAAGUUUCGGACAUGGCACGAGGUUUCGGUGCUUAAGCGCGGCGAUGCGCACUUUGAAUAUCUCAAUUGCCUGCCGCGUACUGGCAUGAUAAAUUGUAUAUCCCUCACCGAAGUUAGUGAUUAACGUCUGAUUAAUAAUUUACGCAAAUCGUGGUUUCUCAAUGAAGGGGCACUACGCUGGAUCAGACAGAUCAGUAACAUACUUCUCUACCUACUUUCGAGAUGCUUUCACGUCAUAUGGUUCUUCGGUAUAUCUAAAGGCUCUGUGGGACUCUAUGCGCUUUUAUGUCAAUGGGAAUGACGGGACAAGUAGGGUAAAAAUGUCUCUAGUCGGGCUGUAGAGACAACAAUUAUA